AUGUCCACCGACACCGCUCACUCAGCCAAGGCCAAGCCCCUCUCCUACAUGGAGAAGCUGUCUGAUGAGGUUUUCAUUUAUAGACCUUCUACUGGUGACUCAGCCACUAGCGGGCCUAUGCCUCCAAAGCUCGUCAUCGUCGCCAGCUGGACCAAUGCACUUGAUGCUCACAUUGCCAAAUAUGUCGAUAAGCAUAAGCGGCUAUACCCAACUGCGCAAAUUCUGCUGGUCAAGAGCUUUAAUAGGAACUUGUUUGACCCAAAGGCUCUUGCACGUGUUGUGAACCCGAUGGUUCCGGUCAUCAGGGCUGCGGUUCCUGCGGGUGGCUCGACUUCGGAUCCGAGCAUUCUCAUCCACCUCUUUUCCAACGGUGGCUCAUCCUCCAUCUCAGCCUUGUACGAUGAAUAUUCUAUUUCUGCGCACGGGGACGAUGACCCCUAUCUGCCGCCUCAUGCCAUGAUUUUCGACUCAGCACCAGGUGCUCAAAGGGCUUCCACUACAUAUGCAUUCUUUGUCGUCGGGUUCUCCAAGCUUCAACUUUUUCUUCUAUCGCCGCUUAUCUACAUCUUUUCUUCUUUCUGGCAACUGACAAGAAACCUUAGUAUUACGAGGGAUUGGCUACUCUACUGGGGUAAGACACAUAAUGAGGUAGAAGGCAAAAAGGAACGCGAGCUUCGCAGAUCCUAUAUCUACAGCGACAAAGAUGAUCUUGUCUUGCCUGCUGACGUGGAGAUGCAAGCUUCCCAGGCUGUUGAGUUGGGCUUUGAUGUGCAGAUGGAGAAGUUCCAUGGUUCAAAACAUGUUGCUCAUGCUAGACAUGACGAGGAGAGGUACUGGGACAUUGUUCAAAGGACAUGGGAUGGUUUCUAA